AUGCAGCUGGUACUGAAAGCAAAUAGAAGCACUUCUAUCAGGUCCCUUGCUAUUUUGAAGCUUGACAUGAACAAUGAAGAAGAAACAAAGGAGGUAAUUUUAGAGCUCUCUAUGCGUGUGGUGUUAUUGUAUCAGAAUCCAUCUCAAGACCCGAUCACCGGCAUAUGCCAAUCCUAUGAUCAGUUUUGGUUUCAAAUUGAACAAAGCUAUAAUAAUUUAAAGGAAGAAUCAUGGAUAUAUCGCAAUAAGAAAUCAUUGCAGUGUGGAAUAGCCUUAAUUGAGAAGGCAGUAAGAAAAUUAAGUGGAUGUAUUAGACAAAUAGAAAAUUUGCAUCCCAGUGGUGCUUCAAAUAUAGAUAUUAUUAAUCAAGCAAAAAUGCUACUUAUGCAAGAACCAACGUAUAAAAAAGGUUUUAAGUUUGAUCAUGUAUCGAAUCUAAUGAAAGAUUUUGAAAAGUUUAAGGAUAUCGACACCGGAAAGAAAAAAGUUCGAGGACAAGACUCUACUUUGCAAUCAUCGGAGUCCGAGGCUCGUAGUCCUUCAUCACCUAUAGUAUCAUCUCCUAACUUAUCAUCUUUUUCACUUAAUUUAAAUGAGAAUUUUUCAGGUCAUUGCACUUCAUUCGAACGGCCUAUUGGGGUGAAGAAAUCAAAAUUAAAAAGAUCAAAAGAUGAAGGUCUUUCAUCAGCUAUGACACUUUGA